AUGGAUUACGCUCCUCGCAAUGAGGUCUUCUCGCUAGGGAAGAACACGAACCUCAGUCUCUCCCUGAGUCAACUAGGGGGAAUCAUUAAGUCAAUUGAGAGAACGUCCAGUGCAAAAAUAAGAUGCUCCACGCGUGGAGGCACGAGAAAUUUCAUGAUCCAUGGGUUCCCUAAGGCAAUUGAAAGGGCAAAGGAACUUUUGGAAGAGGAAACGUCGAAACCAACGAAGUUGGAUUUCGAAAUACCUGCUAGGGUUCGGUACUAUGUGGUGGGCAAUAAGGGCUAUAUGGUGAAGGAAAUAGCUAAAAAACACGAUGUGUCGAUUUGGGUUGGCAAGGAGAAGUUCGACUUGAUGCCCGAUCGUCUAGAGAAGCCUGAGGUGCCCAAGGUCGACACUCCUUAUGUAACGUUUGUCGAUGACGGUGCUGACAUAGUUAUCGAUCGGUAUCCUAAAAUGGUGUCUGUCACGAUCAAGGGUCGUCCCGAGAAUUGUGAAGAAGCUGAAGAAGAAAUUCUAAAGAUUGUUGACUGCCUGAUCGAUACUAAGGGGGUAGUGAUUGCUAUUCCUCAUGGACUUUACGCUUUCACGCGUCAUAUUCAAUCCAAGAUUUUUCAGCUUCAUGCUAAUGCAGAUUUGCAUCUUGAUUUUUCGCUGGAUAAAAGGAUUGCCCUCUCUGGUUCGAAGUACAGAUUUGAUGAAUAUUACAACGAUCUCAAGGCAAUUGUUGCACAAGUCCAGCGCAAAGUUCGUGUUUGCGACAUAACAGUCCCAGAUUGGAUGAUAAGACACAUGCCUUUUGGCACCAACCCUUACUAUACGUUCUCCAGUGAUGAUAAAAUCUUUGCAAGAUAUUCUCGUGAGUCAAGCACUCUCACCAUUGUGAGCGAUAAAGAGGAAACCAUGUUGCGUGCCAAACAGCGCGUAGAAGAAAAGUUGGCUGAGUACCGAUCUGUGAGCAUUGACUUAAACGACUUUGAUCACUUGUAUGAUAUUGAAAAAGACCUUGACGUGAAAUUUCAUCUUCCAUGGUAUCGACUGGAUGAAAUUGACGAUCAAAUUCUUGAAGUUGUUGGUAAGUCUGAGAUUUCACUCGAGCACGCCAUCAAUAAAUUAAAAGAGAUCAUAAUCCCUCGUGAUCAAGUCGUGGUGAUUGAUGAUAUCGAUAUCAUGCUACAGCCACAGGCAGAAACUAUACUAAUGAAGGUGUUGGGUGAUCGUCUUGAGUUUGUCAGCCUCGACGAUUUUUUUUACAUAAUGUGUUUUUCGCCAAGCGACAAGCAUCGGUUAACCCCAGCUAACAAUAGCUUAAAUGAGUUAAGAACUUUACAACAGACAUCCUACAAAGGCGUUGUUUUGCCAUUUCCCUCUUCUGACCAAAAGUAUCUCACCACACCGAGCAACUUCUUAAGUUCGAUAUACGAUGGUGUGGAGGAAACCAUUUCAAAUCCACAGUAUCCGUUCCCUCGUAUUGAAUUGUAUUCCAACGGAAAGGAUACAUUGAAUGAUGAGCUCUACGUUUUUGGUAAGCUGCAUGAGGUGGAUAGGGUCGCUAGCAACAUAAAUCACUUGCGCAAAGAUCUUGAAUCCUUCAAAAAGGUAGGAUUCUUCACGAAAACCAUAAAAGUCCCAUCGUGCUACUUGACCGCGUUGAUUGGAACCAAACGGAAAUGUUUCAAGGAAAUCAAGGAAAAAUUCAAGGUCGGUAUCCAAAUCCAUGAUGUGGGAGAGUUCAACAGAAGCAGCUCAAACUUUCCAGACGAGUCUAUGGAGACUCCUCUUACACUAGCAGGUAUCAAGCACAAUGUUCUAGCUACUGAGAAUUAUCUUCUGGAUAAAUUAAACAAGCUCAGGAAUGAGAAGCUUGAGGCUUUUAGUGUAACUGAUGACAGUACCUACCAUAUCCAAGCCGAAAUCUAUAAUACCACACCAUUCGAAAUUCGGAUUUUGGAGAGGCUCCUAGAUGUGAAGGUGUGGUUUUAUUGUCCUGGCAGAUAUUACCCUAGGCCGACUACAGCUGAUGAAAUCAAUAUUGUAGGAAGUCCAGAGGCGAUUGCAGAAGCCAAAAGACAGCUAAUGACUAUCUACAAAAUAUGA